AGGGGUAUAGGUCAGGGGACGUUACACCAUGGGAGCAGCUUCAGUCAGCGUCCUCUUAUCCAAGGGACACACCACAGCCGCCGAAGGAGAAGAGGGUUUCGGGGACAGAGACUUGUUGGACUGCAGGAGGACAGUGUUUCGAUCAGGAUGAACUUUGCUGCCCAGUUGUUCUACUCGAGCUACUUAAGCGAGCGACUUGAGCGUUUGUACGCACCCUGGCCUGCGCUUAAAGGCUGUGAGGAGAAGGACCCCUUCUGGCAGAGAGAUGAGUUACAUCUGGGCCCCAGUCAGCCUGGCGCCUCUUACAAAUGUGGCCCCGUCAGUAACGGCACUGUGAGUAGCAGAGCCACCCUCAUAGAACCGGAGCGGCUGAAGGACUUUGGUGAGGAGGAGCUUUUCAAUGGGGACGUGAAGGUCUAUGACACCAAGGUGGUGGGGGGUCCUGAGAUCAAGCUCAUGGACCCCCCUAAAAUCAGACGCCUCAGCGAGUUCCGGAUCGUCGACAGGCCUCUUGUCCCGUUUCUCCGCUUUGAGGACAUCAGCGCGGCGGCCUUCAGGAUCCAGACAGUGAUACAGAAGACGCCCUGCACGUACUCCAGACUGUCCAAACAGUACGGGAUGGACAUCUACCUGAAAAAGGAACACCUGCACUACACAGGCUCUGUGAAGGAAAGAGGAGUCUUGUACCUGCUCACCUCCCUCACACAGGCUCAGCAGAGGAAGGGCGUGAUCGUGGCUACCGACUGUAACUUCUCCAUGGCCGUGGCUCACCAUGCGGUGGAGCUGAAGAUCCCUGUGUUUGUCAUCAUGCCGUCAUGCUGCUCCUCGCCUCGCCUCCGGAUCUACAGAGACUACGGCGCCAUGGUCAUCUCCUACGGCAUCAACGGCCACGACUCCCAGAACCAUGCCAGCUAUCUGGCCCUGGAGAACGGAUACCUCUACCUGGAAGAAGAUGAAAGUGCAGCGUACCUGGCAGGUAUGGGCACUGUUGGCAUGGAGAUCUAUGAGCAAGUUUCCAAACUGGAUGCAGUGGUUGUUCCUGCAGCUGGACAGUAUGGCCUACUGGCCGGUACAGCUGCAGCCAUCAAACACCUCAACUCAAAAGUUCUCGUCAUAGGAGUUGAACCAGAAGGUUUCCCUCUGCUGCUACAAUCUCUGAAAACCGACAGUCCAAUCAAAGACCUGCACAGCAACCCCAAUAAAAAACUCUAUGGAGAUCUCAUGGAGCGUUCCCUGGGUGUUAACACCUUCCAGCUGGCAAAGAAACUAGUAGAUAAAGUCAUCACUGUCAGUGAAGAGGACCUUCUGGUUGCAAUGCUGCGGUUUCAGGAGUUUGAACGCUCCACUGUUGAUACUGAGGGAGCCAUGGGACUGGCUGCCAUCUUGGCUGGACAACUACCGGAACUGAAAGGCAAAAAGGUCGCUGUAGUGGUGAGCAGCGCUAACAUGGAGCUGGAGCUGAUGAGGCAGUGUGUGGACCGAGCCCUGGUGCUGGACGAUCGGGUCAGUAAGUUCUCUGUGAAGCUGGGAGAAUGGCCAGGAGACAUGGCUAAGCUGCUGGACGUCCUGUCCAGAGAGGACGUCAGGUUGUUGGACGUCUGCCAUCGGAGACAAAGUGACAAGUCAGACCUCUUCAAGGCAAAGGUGGAGUGUGUGGUGGAAACCAGGGAUAAGACACAGAGCAAUCAUCUGCGCAAGACGCUGAGUGAGCGCUACCCGUCCAUAUGCUGGCUGGAUCGGUGAUCCCAAUUACAACAUGAACACAUUAACACUAUAAAAAAAAACUCGAAAUGACACAUUCAUGAAUUGUGAGAUGACGUGUACACACACAUCCUGUAACAUACACUACUAUAAUAUACACAGUAUGAACUCUGUUAUAGGAAUCACUGUUAAGCAAACCUAAGUGUAUAAAGAAAAGCCUUGAGAUUAUGUAGCAAAUACUAUUCAUAUUACUUCUAGUACUUGCUGCUAUAAUUCUUUAAUUAUGACACCCAGUAAUUACAGUAAAGUGGUUAGACUGCAUUCAGAAGAUUAAUAAAGUUCUAAUAGCUUAAUGACAGACAAGGAAUUGUGCACUGUAGAUACAGUAACGGCUUAUAGUGCUCUCUUUCUAGCUCCAUAACCCACCAGCAUAAAAUAUAUGUAUAUUUCAAUCCAUAUUGUUUUUAAACUGUUGUAUAUAUUUCUGUAUUUAUACUGUCCGAGAUGCUAGAAAUAAAUCCAAGUAAGCGAUCUCCAAAUAAAAAGGAGUAAUUCUA